AUGGAUAAAACGAAAACGGAGUUCAUCGAACAAGAGGACGCCAAGUUGGCGAUGUUUGAACGAGCGCAAGCGGCGACGAGGAGGAAUUCGAACGGUAACUCUUCCUCGUCCUCGUCCUCGUCGUCGAUGGAUGACGAUGCGUUGGAUUCGUUCGAGGCAAAGUUGAAACGCGUGCAAGAGGAAGGGAAGACGAAGGCGAAGAUGGUGACGACGACGACGAACGCAUCGUCGAGUAGUCCUUUCGGAGGAGGAGGGAUAACGCCGAUAUCGCCGUUAGCGCCGACGUUUGGUGGCGAACCAGUCGUUCCGAGAAAGAGUGGUGACGAUGAUGACGAAGACGUGUUCAAAUCUCCGAUCGUGCGGAUUGGCUCCUUGUUAGCGGCGAUCGCGCUUGCCAUCGUCUUCAUACCGACGGAUUUGACGUUCAACGCCAUCGGGUCGAAACAAGUGCAAGAAAAGUAUCGAAAGGAAGCGUUGGAGGACAUCGAGAAGCAGAAAGACGAACUGACGAAGGUUUUAGAGAGCACGCCGAACGAUCCGGAGUUGUUGAAGCAACAAGCGAAGAACUUUUUGGCGCUGGACGAUUACCCGAGCGCGUUGCCGCUGAUGGAAAAAUUGGUCAGUUUGGAAGAUACCGAGGCGAACUCGAUGGCGAUUGCAGAGGUGUGGAAUUUAGACGGGCAACCCGAACGCGCUUUGUCGGUUCUGAAGGAUUACGCGGAUAAGCAUUUAAGCGAUUCGAGUGGCCCACCGUCGGCGUCGUUUUUGAAAGCGUUGACGGAUUCGUUGUCGAAAAAUAACCGACAAGGCGUCGCAUUGGCCUACGUCGACGCAUUCGUCAAGAAGAAUCCCGGUGACAUCGACGACGUCGAUGCCGAGUUACUAAAAGCGAGAGUCUAUUCGGGUUGGAAAGGCAAAGGGAAAGAGGCGGAAAAAGCAUUCUCGGACGUCGUCGAGAAACAUCCGGAGGACUUUCGAGGAUAUUUGGCGAGAGGAGUGUUCAUGAGAGAAAUCGGUCGACCGGACGAAGCGACUUCGAUGUUCAAACAAGCCGAAGCGUUAGCGCCCGCGGGAGAUACGAAAGCGGUCGUGAAAGAUGUCAUCUCGCGAGCGAAUAAAGAAAAGAGUGGGAGCGUACAGUUGUAG